GCGGGGUGGGGGGGCAUGAAGCCGCUGGAGAAAUUCCUGAAGAAGCAGACGUCGCAGCUGGCGGGCCGAGCGGUGCCGGGGGGUCCCGGCGGGGGUCCCGGCGCGGGCGCGGGCAGCGGCGGGGUCGGGGGCGGCGGGCCGGCGGCGGGCGCGCCCCGGCCGCUGCAGCGGCGUCAGAGCGUGUCUCGCCUGCUGCUCCCAGCCUUCCUGCGCGAAGCUCCCGCCGAGCCCGGCCUCGAGCCGCCGCCCCCCGAGGACGACGAGGCCGGGGAGCCGCCCGCGGGGGUCGCCGAGGAGCCCGGCCGCGGGGCGCCCUGCUGGCUGCAGCUGGACGAGGGGCCCGCGCCCGGCCCGCUCGGGGGAGGGGGGCCCCUGCGCUCCCCUUCCUCCUACUCGUCCGACGAGCUGUCCCCCGGAGAGCCCCUCACUUCGCCGCCCUGGGCCCCCCUGGGCGGCCCGGAGCGGCCCGAGCAUCUGCUGAACCGGGUCCUGGAGCGGCUGGCCGGAGGGGCCGCCCGGGAGAGCGGCGGAGCCUCAGAUAUUCUGCUGGAUGACAUCGUCCUCACCCAUUCUCUCUUCCUCCCCACGGAGAAGUUUCUGCAGGAGUUACACCAGGUCAGCUUUGUUUGGGCAGGAGGUCAGGAGGGCCCGGAGGGGCUAGGACGGAAGCAGGCCUGCCUUGCCAUGCUCUUGCAUUUCUUGGACACCUACCAGGGGCUGCUGCAGGAGGAAGAGGGGGCCGGCCGCAUCAUCAAGGAUCUGUACCUGCUGAUCAUGAAGGAUGAGUCCCUUUACCAGGACCUCCGGGAAGACACACUGAGGCUGCACCAGCUUGUGGAGACAGUAGAACUAAAGACCCCAGAGGAGAGCCAGCUGCCCAGCAAACAGGUGAAGCCUCUCUUCCGCCAUUUCCGCCGGAUAGACUCCUGCCUGCAGACACGAGUGGCCUUCAGGGGCUCGGAUGAGAUCUUCUGCCGGGUCUACAUGCCUGACCACUCCUACGUCACCAUCCGCAGCCGCCUCUCGGCCUCUGUGCAGGACAUCCUGGGCUCUGUGUCUGAGAAGCUACAGUACUCAGAGGAGCCUGCCGGCCGGGAGGAGUCCCUCAUCCUGGUAGCUGUGGCCUCCUCUGGAGAGAAGGUCCUUCUCCAGCCCACUGAGGACUGUGUCUUCACCACGCUGGGCAUCAAUAGCCACCUGUUUGCCUGCACCCGGGCCAGCUACGAGGCCCUGGUGCCCCUCCCUGAGGAGAUUCAGGUCUCUCCAGGGGACACAGAGAUCCACCGAGUAGAGGCCGAGGACGUUGCCAACCACCUCACUGCCUUCCACUGGGAGCUGUUCAGAUGUGUACAUGAGCUGGAGUUCGUGGACUACGUGUUCCAUGGGGAGCGCGGGCGCAGGGAGACUGCCAACCUGGAGCUGCUGCUGCAACGCUGCAGCGAGGUCACCCACUGGGUGGCCACCGAGGUGCUUCUCUGUGAGGCCCCAGGCAAGCGUGCACAGCUGCUCAAGAAGUUUAUCAAGAUCGCGGCCAUCUGCAAACAGAACCAAGACCUGCUCUCUUUCUACGCGGUGGUCAUGGGGCUGGACAAUGCGGCUGUUGGCCGCCUACGGCUCACCUGGGAGAAGUUGCCAGGGAAAUUUAAGAACUUGUUCCGCAAAUUUGAGAACCUGACGGAUCCUUGCAGGAACCACAAAAGCUACCGAGAGAUCAUCUCCAAGAUGCAGCCUCCUGUGAUUCCUUUCGUGCCACUGAUCCUCAAAGACCUGACUUUCCUGCAUGAAGGGAGCAAGACCCUUGUCGAUGGGCUGGUGAACAUUGAGAAGCUGCAUUCAGUGGCUGAAAAAGUGAGGAUGAUCCGCAAGUACCGGAGCCGGCCCCUAUGCCUGGAGAUGGAUGCGUCUCCUCAUCAUCUGCAGACCAAGGCCUACGUGCGCCAGUUCCAGGUCAUCGACAACCAGAAUCUCCUCUUCGAGCUCUCCUACAAGCUGGAGGCGAACAGUCAGUGAGAAGGGGCUUCCGCUCGGCCCCCCACUAGACUCCUUGGACACCUGGCACUCAAGCACUUUGGACCACGUUCUGGCCCACCUCUGACUCCUCUCUCUGCACCAACUUCCUGUCCCACAGGCAAAAGUUGGUUGGACUUCCCCCACCCCGGCCCUCAGGCCUUGUUCACCUGCUGAAGAUACCCGUCCCUUCCUUGCCCCUUCAACCUCAGAACACCAGGUUCCUGCCCUGGCAGGAAAGGCGGGCAGGGACCCGCUCUGUCUGUGCCUGCCCAUGACCCAGUUGGAAUUGUGGGUGGGUUAGACAGCCUUCCUCCCCAUGCUUCUCUGGCUUCUCCCUGAGCAGACUGGAAUCCCCUGGAUGUGCCCCUGAGAAAGAUGUGUGUGCGUGUGUGUGGGUUUGUGUGCAUGCAUGUGUGAGUGUGCAGUGGUCCUUCUGUUUGGUGCUACCCUGGUCUUCUCUGCCCUGGAACUCGAGGAAGGGAGAAAUACUUUCCCCUACCCACCCGCCACUCCCUGCUCAGUUCCUCCUGUGGCCCUGCAGUUCCCAACCAACUAGUGGGCGAAGCUGCAGGCAGCAGAUGGGAGGAGUUACCCAUCAACGCUUGCCAGUUGCCCCCCCCCCAGCUGAGUUACUCCAAGGUCUGCAGGUGGGCCCCAAGAAGAUGGUGAAGGAUGCUCAGGGAAACAGGCCUCAGUUGCCUACAGGACCUUCCCUCUGCAGUGCAGAGGCUUGGGGUGCAGUGGAGUCAGGAGCAAAGGGUACCUGCUGCCCACACACCUGCUUUUGGAGUGUCUUGCCAGAAGAAGGGAAUCCUUCCCCUUUUGGCUCUGGUGAGUGACCCGAAGCAACACCAUCUCUGUCCUCCCUGUCUUUUGUAUUUUUCUUUUUCUUUUUGGGCCAUACCUGUCGAUGCUCAGGUGUUACUCCUGGCUCUGCCUUCAGGAAUUACUCCUGGUGGGGCUCAUGGGGGACUAUAUGAGAUGUCGGGGAUUGAACCUGGGUUGGCCACAUGUAAGGCAAGCACCCUACCCGCUGUACUAUCUCUCCAGCCCCCUUUACCCUGUCAACUCUCUCCUUGUCCUCUCCAUCAAAACUGAGAUGGAGUAAAAUCCUGAACCUGGGGCAGGCAGACCUCGAAAGUGUGGGGGCCAGGGAAGGAAUGCCAGAGCCAGGGAAGACAAAGCUGGACUCUGGCAAGGCCUUCACCCCCUCUCUACCUCGCCCGUGGCCUGCAGCAAGCAGGGCAGAAAGGGCUCCUGGCAGCUAUGGGCGAGGUUUCCUGAGGGGCAGCCUCCCUCGUUCCGGGAACCUUCUGAAGAGACAGUGGUGGUGGCGGCAGCUGCUGUUCCUGCUCUGAGGGUGUAUAUAUUUUUUACCCAAAGCUCUGGAAUUGUACAUUUAUUUUUUAAAAUUCAAGGAGGGAAAGAACCUUGUAUCAUAUGUAAACAUUGUAUUAUAGGUUACAGUGUACAGUCCCUUUUAUACAUCCUUGAUCUUGUUCUUGUCCCCCCCAGGCCCCACCCCACCAUGCACACGCAGGCACCUCCCGCCAGUGACCAGGGCCCCCUUCCUGUGUCCAGUCUCCUCCCUGCAACUGGCGAUGCCCCCCCUUCCUUCAGCCUCACUUCCAGCCCCUACUACUCUCCUGGAUGUUGCCCCCCCCCCCAGCCUUGACACCUGCUCUGCUCCUCUCAGCCGCCCCCCACCCCGCACCCCACAGCUUUAACACAGUGAACCAUGUGUACUGUUCCCGCUCAGCUGUCACUGCAAACUGCUGGGUGGAGGAAAAGUCGAUAAAGUCUAUGAAUCAA